AUCCUUCCUAAUUGCCACCAUAUCAAACAUCAAAGUAAACUAAAACAAAAAAACAAAAAACUUGCACUCCUUCUUUGGGUUUUACUUGUCUAAAUGUCAACUUCCAACAGCAUAAGGUGUACUUCUCUCUCAACAAAGUCUGACAUAAUUGAUAUAUAAUCAUCUGUCAAUUGUAUUUUCGGUAAUGCAUGUGAAAAAUACUUAAUGAAUGAAGUAAAACCCAGUAAGCCAUUUCUACUGUUCAAAUGAAUUAAUCUUUCCGCACACACAAAGCUAUUUCCUCUCUGAUUUCUUUUAUAGUUUAAUAUUUUUCUUCAGGAUUGUAUAUGCAUUUGUUUAUAAAUAAAUCUCUGUUUGACAUGUUCCCCCACUUUUAAGGGGAGGGUGACAGCUACAAGCAAAUGAAUAUACUACUCUUCUCACUCUGCAUUGCUCGAAUGAUCCAUUUGUUUUUGAAUACUCAAAGUGGUUUCUAGUUGGUAGGGGGCAAAUCAAUAAGCAAGGUGGAAGAGCUGCAGAUGUGAGAAGCUGGUUUACAAGUGCCAUGGGUUUGCUUGUAGCAGAGGGAAAUGCUCGGGAAUCUGCCUCACUUUUUGUUGGCAUCUCCUUUUUAUGCUUUUGACGAUUUGCACUUUCUUGAUGCAAUCAUUGUUGGUGCUUUUGGAUAAUCAACAAACAUUUGAUAGAAAGAAAAAACAUCAAGUUUCAGUUUUUAAAUUGCUCCCAGAUUCAUAUUUUUUAUUGAAGAGGGCUUCAUACUUCUGGAAUAUCGAAAUGGCUUUUGGUAAUUCUAGAUCUGCAAGGUCUGAAGAUGAUCCGGAGCUAGCUAAAUUUCCUGCAAGUAUCGGUGACAACGGUUUCAAGAUCAAAUACCACAUUGAUGGGACACAAAUACCUGAGCCUAGUUCCAAAAUGGCUAAGAAAAAGGUGACGGGGAAGUUCUUGAAAGCUAGAAUGUUGUCAAGAGUGUUCUCGGAAGACUAUGACAGAGUCAAACGAAGAGUAUUAGAUCCCAGGGGACAAAUCAUACACCGAUGGAACAAGAUUUUCUUGGUAGCAUGUUUAGUGUCUUUGUUUGUGGACCCUUUGUUCUUUUAUCUGCCAGUGGUUCGAGAUGAAGUGUGCAUUGAUAUUGGAAUAACUCCUGAGGUUAUCCUCACUCUGGUAAGAUCAGUGGGGGACGUCUUCUACGUGAUUCAGAUUUUGUUGAAGUUUCGUACGGCUUUUGUUGCUCCCUCUUCAAGGGUUUUUGGGAGAGGAGAACUUGUUGUAGGAUAUUCUAAGAUUGCAGUUAGGUACCUUAAAAAGAGUUUCUGGUUAGACUUUGUUGCUGCCCUGCCCCUUCCUCAGGUGUUAAUUUGGAUUAUUAUCCCAACUCUUAAGGGUUCAACCAUGGGCAACACAAAAAAUGUCCUUCGCUUCAUUAUCGUUUUCCAAUAUUUUCCGAGGCUAGUUUUGAUUUUCCCACUCUCAUCACAAAUUGUAAAAGCUACAGGGGUGGUGACAGAAACAGCAUGGGCAGGAGCUGCUUACAACCUAAUGCUUUAUAUGUUGGCUAGCCAUAUUUUAGGGGCUUGCUGGUAUCUUCUAUCAAUCGAGCGACAAGAAGCGUGUUGGAGAAGUGUAUGCGAUUUGGAGAAGUCAUUUUGUGAAUAUGGAUUCUUUGACUGCCACAGGGUUAAAGAUGCCCAUAGGGUGUCCUGGUUUAUAGCAAGUAAUAUCACAAAUUUAUGCUCACCAAAUGCAAAAGAUGAAUUCUAUCAGUUUGGUAUAUACGCUGAUGCCGUGACUUCUGAAGUUACAUCCUCAUCAUUCUUCAACAAGUACUUCUUCUGCCUGUGGUGGGGUCUAAGGAAUUUGAGUUCUCUGGGACAAGGCCUUCUUACCAGCACAUAUGUUGGAGAGAUAAUGGUCGCCAUUGUUAUUGCAACUCUUGGAUUGGUUCUCUUUGCGUUACUAAUCGGUAACAUGCAGACAUAUCUCCAAUCAACUACUGUUCGCUUAGAAGAGUGGAGGGUGAAAAGAACUGAUACAGAACAAUGGAUGCAUCACAGACAACUACCUCCAGAACUAAGAGAAUCUGUGCGUAAAUACGACCAAUACAAAUGGCUGGCCACACGAGGAGUAGAUGAAGAAUCUCUUCUCAAAGGACUCCCAGUGGAUCUUCAGAGAGACAUCAAACGCCACCUUUGUCUCGAUCUAGUUCGAGGAGUGCCAUUAUUUGAUCAAAUGGAUGAGAGAAUGUUGGAUGCAAUCUGUGAAAGGCUGAAGCCUGCACUGUGCACAGAGGGAACUUUCCUUGUGCGAGAGGGUGAUCCUGUCAAUGAGAUGCUCUUCAUAAUCAGGGGCCAUCUUGAUUCCUACACCACCAACGGGGGAAGGGCCGGGUUCUUCAACUCGUGCCGCAUUGGGCCGGGCGAUUUCUGCGGCGAGGAGCUUCUAACUUGGGCCUUGGACCCACGGCCCAGUGUGAUCCUCCCUUCGUCCACUCGAACAGUGAAAGCCAUAUCGGAAGUGGAGGCCUUUGCACUGAUAGCGGAAGACCUGAAAUUCGUGGCGUCACAGUUCAGAAGACUGCACAGCAAACAACUGAGACACAAAUUCAGGUUUUACUCACACCAGUGGAGAACCUGGGCCGCGUGUUUCGUUCAAGCCGCGUGGAGAAGGCAUAAGAAGAGGAAGGAACUUGCUGAACUAAGGGCCAGAGCCAUUAACAAUGCAGAGCCUGAGACACCAACGUAUGCCAAAAGGGUCGCUAGGAGUACUAGGAAAGCUGUUCAUGUCUCUUCUCCCACAAAUUCUGGAGUUGUGUCCUCUUUGCCGAAGCCAGCAGAACCAGAUUUCUCAGUGGAUGAACGAUAUUAACUAUUCAAUGUAAUAUAAAAAAAAUAAAACUUAAAAUUGUAAUAUAAACUUUUUGUUCUAGUAA